AUGAACGGCAACUUGCACAGAGAAACAGGCAAUUAUGUCCGGCCUUUUCGCCCCUCUUGCGACCCACAACGGCUUCUGUCUCCUGUUCGCCAGGGCCUUCGUCGUCCUUCUGCCCUGGCGCCUCCGAGCUUCUACGGGGCGCCUGCGGGGAAUCUGGGGGGCGGUCCUGAGUGCGGAGUGGCAGGUUCAGGCCUUCGAGGCGCGACGCCUUCGUGGUCAGGGAUUGUGUCGGAACGUCGUCGCGCAUCCGUUGCUUCUGUCCCUCCUUCCUUUCCAGCUUCUCCGCCGCCUCCUUUCCCGCUGUCGCCAUCCUUCAGCCUUCCGUGUCCGUCUGCCGCGCAUCACCUGCCUCCUUCUCCGUACUUUUCUGGCUGCGCCCCUGGAGCCUCUUGCCCCGCGACUCAUCAAACGAGAAGCGACGUCAAAGCCCGCAGCGACAGGCUGCUUCACAUUCUUCAACGUCGCAGCUCCCACCACUGCAACCACAGCAGACAGCAGCGGUCGCUGUCUCCGACAAGAAAGGCAGGCGUCGGGGCGCGGACUUCGCCUGUCCUCAGGAAGGGGGCACCUGUCUCUUCUGCGAACGCGCCGCGUCUUCUGCCCUUGUCUGCUUGGCCAGGUGGCUCACAUCCUGUGCUUCCUGGGAUGAGCCAGCAAGGGUCACGCAGCAACGAGGGCGAGGCAAAUUCAGGAAGACACAAAGAACUUCUUGAGGUACCAGUGAAGGGACGAGGUUCGCUAGAAGGUCAGUACUUCCCUCGAAAUGUCGUCUGGGGACAGCCUGGUAGGAUGGAAGACGGCAACAGAUUUGUCGCCUCCGUUGGCAGCCCAAUUCGGACCAGGGAAGGAGGUAUCGCCGGGUCGAGGUUAGGGCCUUUCGGAGCCAAACAUAUAAUUCUCACCAAGCUUAUCGACAACCUCGAACUCGCCAGGAGGCAACUGAAGCCUCAUAGAGAGAUAGAGAAGAAUCGUGUGUCUGCGUCUUUAUCGGCGGUUCCUCCCACCGCAGCUCCCGCGAGCGACGGUGAAACGACUGCUGAACGAGAGGGUGGAAAUGAGACAACUGAGAAAGAGGGCUCUCCAAUUGAGUCUUCAGGGUGUUCACAGAGAGAAGGACCGAGCCUCGUGGCCCGUUCAGUCGAGUUACCAGUGGGAGUGGAGCUGAGAUGCAACUCUCGCAUCGUGUCUGCUGACAAUGCAGCCUCAUCUAAACUCGCCGUCAGCGGUGAAGAAGUCGUAAAGGAUCGUUCAACGUUUGGGGUAUCUGGGGAAAAUGAACAUGCAGAGUAUUCUUCCUCAUCCGACAGCGUCAACCAUGCGAAUGGAGAACGGCAUGAGCGGGGCGACCAUAGGAAGCAAGAGCGAAAAAAAGCAACGAACCAACGAGGCUGUGACGUGAGCCUGUCCUCGAGUGACGGAGAACGGUCGAAGGCAAAGGUGAACGAGAAGAGACACCGAAGGAAGUCGAAUUCGCAUGGGAAGGAGAAAGGUUCUGUUCGGCGUCAUCGCGGCGAGGAAACACUCAUGUCCUUCGAUAGUUCGCUCAGCCGACGCGUCUCUGCAGAUUUUCUUCGUUCCGCUUCAGUCGCGUAUGCCGCUCCACCUCUAAGAAGAGACAAACGGGCCGAUGGACCUUCAUUUGGAUCUCUUCACUCGUCCAAUUUUGACGUUUCCGAGAGGAGAGCUCCAAGGAGCGAAAAUGACUUACCAGAUAUCGAGCAAGCGGAGACUGCAAUGGCGCGCGAGUGGGCUGCCCUCGGGCGCGAUAAAUUAAGUUCAUUGCCGUCUGCAUCUCGUCUCCACCCUUCCGCCAGUGGACUGUUUGGAGAAGAAAUCCGGAAGAUGGGGAAGAACGAGAAAGACAUGGAGCAAGUGAUACUCGCUCGAGAGGCACGAACGGAAGACAACAUGCAAGUGCGCAAAUCAGCACGACUGGAUUGCUUGCAGCAGCAAGAAUUAGAUCUCUUGGAUCUCAUUGAACGGCGUAUCAAGAAACAGCAGGAACAAAAUCGCAAAAACUGA